CUUCCUUUUCAACCUUAUAAUUCUUGGCUUUCUUAUUCAUCUCAUUCAAACCAAAACCAACUUAUAAUCUAAUCAAAGCAACAGAAAAUGUCGUGGCAAACUUACGUAGACGAGCACUUAAUGUGUGACAUCGAAGGCACAGGCAAUCAUCUAACAGCCGCCGCCAUCGUCGGCCAUGAUGGCAGUGUCUGGGCUCAGAGCUCCGCCUUCCCAAAGGUAAGUGCCAGUGAGAUCAGUGACAUCAUGAAAGAUUUCGAUGAACCAGGCCACCUUGCUCCCAAAGGGUUACACCUUGCUGGUACAAAGUAUAUGGUCAUCCAGGGUGAGCCUGGUGCUGUCAUUCGAGGAAAAAAGGGAGCAGGAGGAGUAACAAUAAAGAAAACAGGACAAGCUCUUAUGUUCGGAAUCUAUGAAGAACCGGUGACUCCAGGACAAUGCAACCUGGUUGUUGAGAGGUUGGGUGAUUAUCUUGCUGAUCAAGGUCUCUGAAAAGUUAAAACCCCCUACCUU